AUCAAGCGCAGAUUAAUUCUAAAAGCAAGAGAGUGGAGUUGGAGAGAUAUGUACCGAAGCCCAUAGCAAACGAAAUGGCUGGGCUAAAUGUCAGUAAAAAGGAAGUAAUUGCUCCAGCAAUGCCAGAAAAUGCCCAGAAAGAAAAUAGCGGUUCUGAAGGUACUGAAACACUUCACCUUUAUGGUUCAACUGCAGAGAAAUCUGGGUCUGAAAAGUCAAGGCAUGGGAAUGGUCGGAUGAACAAGCAAGGUAGAGGACAUGGAUCAUGGCGUCAGCGGGGACCUGUUGAAUCUACUAAUGCUUUAGAAAACGGGCACUUUGUAAACCGGAGAACAGUGAAUUAUCAUCAGCAUCACCAAUCGGAUAAAAGUGAUGUAGACUUUAUCAGAGAGCAACCGGCAUCUCAUGACGAUGAAUGGAACGAUGGGUGGAGUAUGAUUCCCGAAACUCAGAACUCUGGGACGACUGCUCUUCAAUCUGCUGUUGGAAAAGAUGAAAUGACGGCACAAACUCUCAGAGGCAACAAGGGUGGAGGAAGUAACUAUGGUGACCACAAAAAAUCCAAUACCCGAGAUUUUAAUAAAGGUUAUGUGCAACAGUUGGGAUCUAAUGUAUGUCAAUCAGAUUCGCGUGGUGCUUCGAAAGACAAUCAUGGCCUUGGGGAUCGUUCGGCUUCUCAUUGGCAACCAAAGGCACAUGCACCUGUUGCCUCUAAUCAAGGAGUAGGUAAGAACGGUAGUCCCGAAAGUAUUAGUGCUGAAACUGAUAGAACUAACAAGGACAUGCCCAGUGAUGAACAUCAAAGGUUCGCUGGAGAACAGAGGACAACACCUCCUGAUAGACAUGUUCAGUCUCAAAACCAAGCAUCCACAAAAAAGGAGGUUCGAGUAGAGCAAAACUCGAAUUCAGGGUUCCACAAGAACAAG